AGUCGUUUUAGUCACCACUGGGGCAUACGGUAAUCAAGAAUGUGAUUACUUUUAAAUAUCCUUAUUACUUGUUUCUGUUGAUGCUUAGAUUUUUUGCUUUGCUCUCACGGCCUUUAAAAAAUCAUUUAAACGAUUUUUUCUUGAAUAAAUAAUGGUUGAAUGAAGAUAAAUCCAGUUUUAUACUGACUGUACAGAGUGACACGCUAGUGGAAAAACCCGCGUAUCACGUGACUGUUCAUCACCUGGCAACAGCUGCUUGCAAGUUGCACGUACAAAAGUGGGUAGGGAGGGAGUGAAACAUGUAAAGUUAGCGUGAGUCUAAAAUAUAAUACUGCUGUCCUAAAGUUCGUGCAUUAGAAGAAAAUGAUCAAAAACACAAUUAAGAUAUAUGCCCGCGUCAAACCUUCAAAGAAAAUAUCCUCGGUGUACACUGUGGACAAUGAUGAGCAGACAGGCUCUAAUUUGGAAUUUGUGGUGCCUAAGGACUUGGCUUCUGGCUUCAUUAACAACAACAAGGAGAGUUACAAGUUCAGGUUCCAAAAGGUGUUUGAUCAUACAGUCAAUCAAGAGGAGAUUUUUCAAACUAUUGCUAAGCCUGUUGCAGACAGAGUAUUGGCGGGAUACAAUGGUACCAUCUUUGCUUAUGGCCAGACUGGUAGUGGUAAGACUUUCACUAUCACAGGAGGUGCAGAGCACUACAACGACCGGGGCAUCAUUCCCCGGACACUGUCUUACAUCUAUCAGCAAUUCAGCCAGAACAAAAACAAUAACAUGGUGUACACCACACAUAUAUCUUAUCUGGAGAUCUACAAUGAAGUGGGUUACGACCUGUUGGACCCCCGACAUGAAGCCUCACAUCUAGAGGAUCUACCAAAGGUGACCAUCAUGGAGGAUCCUGAUCAGAACAUUCAUCUAAGGAACUUGUCCCUCCAGCACUCAGGGAACGAAGAAGAGGCUCUUAAUCUGCUUUUCCUGGGGGAUACUAAUCGCAUGAUUGCAGAAACACCUAUGAACCAGGCAUCCACACGCUCCCAUUGUAUCUUUACGGUGCACAUUUGUGGACGUGAGCCAGGAACUGCCCUUGUGCGGCGUUCCAAACUGCACCUGGUGGACCUGGCAGGGUCAGAGAGAGUGGGCAAGAGUGGAGUGGGUGGGCAACAACUUACUGAAGCCAAGUACAUCAACCUCUCUUUGCACUACCUAGAACAGGUGAUUAUUGCUCUGUCAGAGAAGAACCGCUCUCACAUCCCCUACAGAAACUCUAUGAUGACGUCGGUACUGAGAGACAGCCUAGGGGGAAACUGCAUGACCACAAUGAUAGCCACUGUUUCUGUGGAAAAAAAGAAUAUUGAGGAAUCCAUCUCAACAUGUCGCUUUGCCCAGCGUGUGGCUCUUAUCAAGAAUGAAGCUGUGCUGAAUGAAGAACUGGAUCCUGCCCUGCUGAUUGGACGUUUGAAGAGGGAGAUUCAAUCCUUGAAAGAAGAAAUCAUCCUGCUGACAGGGGAGCAGAGGGAUGAUCAGUUAACACCAGAUGAGAUCCAAACGUUGGAGGAGCUGGUCAAAGCGUUUCUAGAUGACCCUGAUCCAGAAGUCUCAUUGGGAUUGGGGCCAGAUAUGAGAAAAAUACAUUUCUGCUUUUCUUUGUUGAAGGUAAUGGUACGAGAAAGGCUGUCUGGUCAAAGUGGGAAUGGUGAUCAUUCCUCUUCUGGAUGUAUUGGAAUGUCAGAGCCACAGGAUAGUCACCAUUUAAAGGAACUUACCAAGCUGAAGGAGGCUUUAACACAUCGUGACAAUGAAAUUAGUAUCCUUGUGAACAUGCUGAAAAAGGAGAAAAAGAGAAAUCAAGAUGCUGCUGCUCAACUGGCCACAAUGUCCAAUAGCUGCAACCUACCUUCUCAAAGAGUAUUGGAGUUGUCUACAUCAUCACAGGCAAGUUCAGAGGACGUCUUGACCGAACCUAAGGCAAUGACUACUCUACACAAGAGAAGAGGUCCAGUGCUGUCUAUUGGCGCACAGGAGGCCUUUGAAAUCUUCAAGAGGGAUAACGAGGAUCGUCUGACUAUUGAGAAAAACAAAGCUCUUCUUAAACACAGGUUUACAGAGGCCAAAGUGAAUGGGGAGCAGUUGAACGGAUCCAGAACCAAAGUCAGUGAGUUGAAAAAGCAAUUGGAGAGGCACAGGAUGCAGAGAGCAGCACAUGGUUUAACAGCGAGUCAAACCUCAAUUACAUCAGAGGUUGAGGAGGUUGAUCAAAUGGAAGAAAGUCUCCGCAAACAGAUUGAAAAAGAGAAGAAAAUUUACAAAGACACCUUUGGCCGCCUGAAAGCUCUGAAGACAGAGAUUGAACAUCUGCAGCUGUUGUUGGAGAGAGGGAAGGUCAAACUCCAGAGGGACUUCCAAGAGUGGUGGAACCAGGAAACGUACAAACUACAGACUUCAGAGCUCCAGUCUUCAGGGUCAAAUAUUUCUCCCAAUGGUCAAACCUCAACAUGGACCUCUCAGACAUUAGAGCCCAUCUCUCCUGACACUCCACUGACCAGAGUCUUGUCUACUUCUGAACUUCCACUCUCCUCCCUUCCCCUGACUGGGGACCAGCAGACAGAUGUAGAUAUCCAGGCUUUCAUCAGAGCCAGGCAACAUCUGCUCAACAGGACCGGUACUGUGCAAUGACAGAAUGAAUCACUCACUCGGGGCUUCCUCAAUAAUGACCUGUGAAAAUGACAUUCAAUGGUUUCCAAGUUCCUUUUGGCUCAUGGUAAACUAUCAGCACUUUUAAGAAAUAUUUUUUAAGAAAAUAAUGUGUUUAGAAAAGGUGCAUUUUGUUCAUCCUAAUUCAUUUGGAUGGUUAUGGUCGGACAAAGUCGCCAGCAUUCUAUCUCUCUUUCCCUCACACAUACAUACACACAAACAUGUGAACAAACAACUGCCAAAUGAAGAAUGAAUCAGAGCCCAUGCUACAUUGAUUCGAAUUAACAUCAACAUGAAUAAAUGCAUCAAACGUUUGUGAACAUAGAUUUGUUUCAAGUAGGUAAUAAAUCAUGAUAAAAUGUU